CGUCCAACUUGGAUGAGACACCACUUUUAUCGGGAAAAAGAAAAAGAGGGAGGAAAGGAAAAAGAGGAAGGAAAAACUGAAUGAUAAAUUAAGUUCUUUAUUUGGUUUGAUUGAACAAACGGUCCGAGGAAGGGCUGCACCCUAGGGGUGUGAUGUACACAUCCUCUCUGGUAAGAUUGUUGAAGUGCGGUAAUCUUGUAUAGUCACUCAUCGCUGCAAAUCUCCUUAUAUAUUUUUGUUUUUUUGAGGUAUAAACAAGACGAAGGGAUUGUUUUCCCUUUGUUUACUUUCUUCCUUACACUAUUUUGAGAUGGGAAGAUAUUGUGAUUAAAACAUCUAUUGUAUUUUGUAAUGGUGAAGGAUUCUGGCAAGUUAGGAUCCCCUUCCUUUUUUAGGUUCAAUUAAUUUAUACAUAAAGGAUCUUCUUCUAGUAAAAAUUAGGUUAGUGCAGAUGAUGAGAUUUCUACAUUAAUAUCCAAUCCUAUUAGUUUUUCUGUAAUAACGGUGGUGUCCGGACUUAGGCGCAUAUCGACUAUUCUACCAGGUAAUGUACCCGGUACCGAUCUACUAUGGCUUAGACUUAGACAAAUGAGAAGAGAUCACCAAUGUAUUUUGUCCCUGCUGGAAUCUGAACCUUGAUAUCGAAGCUUUUCACUCACUUCAUCGAUCACUAAGCCACAUCAUUGGGUUCCAACCCCCGUUAGUUCAAAAUUCAAGUUUGCACACUAUUAUGAGAAGUAAUGACAUCAUAUCCAUGUCGUGUAAAGUAUGACAAGUUUGUACAACCUCUGAAAAUUAUGGCUUGAUUUUAGUGGAUAAUUAACACAAGACUCCCUUUGUUCCACUAAUGAGUUUCAUGGGUAGCACUAUAGGCCAUUUUCAUGUAUGCAUUUGGGAUAGUGGAAUAACCAUUUAACAAAAGCUAAAUGGAUGAAGUUUCCUAAAGAAAUGAGGUAACAUGACUUUUAUUUAUCUGCUGCUAAGUUUCAGAAUUUUGAAGAUUAUACAAAUGGUUUAGACCAACUUCUUGAAAGCAGUAGCAUUUCCACGCACAUUCUCAAUGUUAAUUUAAUGUUAGAUAAAUAUCUGUUGCAGUUUGUGUUAUUUAAUUUUUUUUUCUGACAAGCAUAUAAUGUAGCAGGUUGUUUAAUCUGAGAACAGAUUAUGAUGUGUUUGGAUGGGGUCCCGGGAGCCUCAGAUGUGUUUCGGACGAGUUUGUGUGCAGUUGAUUGAAAUUGGGCUCGCAGCAUAUCUCUCCCAUGUGUCCUUGUUUUCACCUUAAAGUUUAAAUAAGUCAAUUUAUAACCUGUUCAAAUCUGCAGGUUUUUGCCUGAGGUGUUUUGAAUCUUUUUCUUCUUAACUUGGUUCGCUGCAUAUUGAAAUGGCGAAAGAAAAAAGUGCAUGCUUAGGUAAUGAAGUUUCCCAGCCAAAGAAAAAUUUGACAAAGAAAAUGCAAGAGUUGAACGAUGAAGUCCAUGCUUUAAGACUACGUUUCGUCCAGAGCUCUCUCCUCUUUACCCCUUAGCUGAAGGAGAGAAGCUACUUCUACACUCCGUGGAACCUGAUUGGUUCAAAGGUAAGACUCUGUGGUCAUGGCCUUCUGCAAGUAGAAACUGGAUUGAUUGGGUAGAUAGAGUUGAGAAGGCCAAAGGAGAGGUCUGGAAAUCAGCUGGAAUAUAUGAUGCCAUUCAGUUGUCCAAGAAUGAUAUCCCCAUCGACAAAGAUCUUCUUUAUGCUGCCUUGUGCUAUUGGUCAAUCUCCACAAACUCGUUCCACUUCAGAUUUGGUAUGAUGGGGCCAACAGUACUCGAUAUUGUUGCCUUGACAGGACUUAGGCCACAUGGCGAGGAAGUCAGUGCCAUUCUUGGGAUGUCUGAAUCGGCUUGUGAUAUACUCAAGUAUGGAAAUAUUUAUAAUAAUUCCUUAUUUCACCCCAAAUAUCUCAAUGUGUCAAAGGGAGAAAUGGCUGUGACAGAGGAAGAGCAUGUAUCUUUUCUGUUUGCGUGGCUCAGCAAUCAUCUGUUUUGUGACUCUUCUGUAAACAUGAUCAAGCAAUGCACAAAACUGGCAUUUGCUCUUGCUGCAGCUCCCAGGUCCAAUGGUAUCAAAGGCAAUUCUCAGUCUGCAGGAAAUUUUGGCCAGAAUAUGAAGAGAAAAUAUAAAGGGGAUAGUAUUCCAUCACAACCUUUGGGACAGCAAGACGAGCCCAUACAACAAAGGAACUCACAUGAGGUGGGUGAAAAGAUACCUACGAGAACAACAUCAUGCAAGAAGAUGAAGACUUCUCCGGGGGAAGUGCCGCUACCAGGCACAACUUCUGCCAUACCUUCUACAUUAGUUGUUCCUACGAGUUGUACCCCUGCAAAUGAAGACAGGACUAAGACAGACAUCCAAGUUUAUGCUGAUGCUACAUCGAUCUCCACCUCGUCCUCCACUUCUGACAAAGAUGGUGAGGACGGCACAGUUUCUCCUUCAUUAGCUAAAACCAGAAACAAGACAUCUGAUAUUAUUGAACCACCUGAUUGCGUUGUUAAAUUUGAUAAUCUAGAAGACUUCUUUGCUCGAGUCAGUGGACAAAUUAAACGAGCUCAAUCUCUCGGUUUUUCUGCUUAUCAAUGUUCUCCAAAUUCUACACCGUCAGCAGAAAUGCUUGCCAAAGCGAAAGAUGACAUUGAGAGAUUAUUAAUCAUGCCUUCUCAGGACAUGCUUCUACCCAAAAACUGUUCGACAUUAAGUGCUGCACUAUCAAUGUAUGCUGCAACACCUGAUUUAUCGGCUGAGAGAGCGCUUGCCUUGGAGAAACUCAAAGAGAACCUUCCGCACCUUUCCUUGACCCUGCGUAGAGCUAAGAAGGACCAAGAGGAGUAUUAUAAGGAGGCUGCCAAGAAAGUGCUCCUCGUCGAUGAGCUCACAAAAGAUCAGGAACUCUAUACUAAUCUCAAAGACUCAAACGACAAGCUUGAAUGUACAAUCAGCAAGUUGAAGGCAAGUUUGAAGGAGGCAAAGACAAAAAGAAAAGCAAUCCAGGAGCAAAAAUUGAGUUUGGCUAACAAGUGUUUUGAAAAGUCGAUUGCUCUUGAUCAAAUGGAAGCUGACUUUCCUGUCCUGGAGGAGAUGAAGAAGCUAGCUGAUUCGGAUGUUGCCCGAGUGGAAGAAAGCUUGUGAGACUUUAAGAGUAAGAUAAUCGAGUGAUCGCUUGCAUAAACCUGUCUGUCAUGUGGAUUUGCUGGCUAGUCAUCCAUAGUUUAAGAGCAUGUAAAUAACUUUUUUGCUAUUUACAAACUUUCUCUUUUGAAUGGCAUCUGUAAGUAUAGCCAAGUUAGUUCAAACGUGUAAGUGAAAUGAGGAAGUGUACUUCUAGUUAUGGUUUUUCAUGGCACAGAUUGAUGGAUAAUGG